GAAAGGACAUUUCCGUUACCAUCACAAAAGUCGGGGGAGAAGAAGAGGAAAUGAGAACGAAGGUGUACAGAGUCCCUGUCAGCGCAAUAGACAACUCGAGAAAACAUUCCAUCAAAGCGAUAGGAAUCCCAUGCAUAAGUGACGAAAUUGCAAGCAUCAAUACCACUGAUAUUACGAAACAUCUUGGACUUGUCAAUGAAAAGAUCAGACGCGGAAAAGGACCAGUUGAUCUCUUGAUCGGAAUUGAUUAUGCACACCUGCACACUGGAGAGAUGAAGCGAGCCGACCAUGUCGUAGCCAGGAAAUCACCCCUCGGAUGGGUACUGUUUGGUUCCAAACCAGGAUGCACUACUUUUGAAACAACACGAGUUCUCCAUCUGAGUAAUAAAACGUCAGUAGACCUUGCUGAAUUCUGGACAACUGAGAGUAUGGGCGUGGAAGUGAAACCCUGUAUCUGUGAAGCCGACAAGCUGAGUCAAGUCGAAAGGGAAGAGAAAAUAAUGAUUGAACA